CCCUCUCCGUCGCAAAGGGUCACGCUGUUCACAAUAUUUUGAACGGCUUCUGUCUUUCUCUGUUCCAAACAAGAGUAAGAAGUUCUGGUACAGCAACCACCAACCCAGAAAUUUCCCCCCAAUUCUUGUCGAUUUUGGGAUGCCUUCAGCCAAAUCAGAUAUGGACAAUGAGAGCGGAUCAGUGGCCAAGAAGGCCAAGAUGAGCCAAGACGUCAAGUCCAUGUCGUCCAAGGCCUUUAUGGAUGAGUUCGUGGUACCUGUCAUGCUCCGAGCUCUUUCAGCAGUCAACAAAGAGCGGCCGGACGAUCCCAUCGAUUUCCUCAUCAAUUACCUGAAGAAAGAAAAGGCUGCUCCUCCCCCAACAUCCCCCACAACAACAGCUGGUGGUCCAUCCGAAGCCAAGCCCGAAAGUGGGCCUUCAACUCCCGCCAAAGAAGGUGUAUCCUAAAUUCAAUACAACAUAUUUUGCUCUGCAUUUUUUUGUAUCACGUAGCAAGUGAUUGACGAAUAACAAAGGGGAAUCAGACUUGUUCAUUCGCGUGUUUUGUGAUUCCAUAAAUCUCAUAUUUCACAUGUCGACUUUCUCAAAUUUCAUGGAACUCGGUACCCUCUUUUGCUACCUUUUGGUACUUUUUUGGCCCAAGGAAGUCUGUGAAGGUCAAAAAAUCAAGGCCGAGUUUUUGAGUCGAGGCACCAAACGAUUUUACUUCAACUCUUGUUCUUGUGGUCUUUUGGAAGUGAAUGAGCAAGAUAUCUCAUCCGAUUGGGCCAAGGAAAAGAAUGCUUUAAUUGAGAAAAAUCUUCGGAAUUUAUUCAAAUCUCGACGUCGAAGAAAAAGGGAAGCAGAACAAAGUGCUAAAAGCAUUCGAAUCAAUCUAAGUCUAACCAUCAAUAUGGACUCGAAAGACGGGAAUUUCAGCGGAAAUAUUGUUGCCAAUCCGGAAAAAGUUCGAUCAAAACAUAUAUUGAGGACGAUGGAUCAUUUGAUGCUGGAUGAAUAUUCGGUGGAAAUGGAGGCUGUGAGCCCAGAAAGUCUGGAAUCCUUGGGUCCGAAUUGGCGGAACAUGGGCUCUCAAGAUAAGAACUAUACCACCCCUGUCCUGAAGCUGUCGCACAAGGUCAUCAAUGGGAUCGUGGCUGAACGGGGUCAAGCGCCUUGGCAAGUUCUACUGGAAAACAUGAAUUCAGGCGAGAUUUGUGGUGGAGCCAUUGUGAACGCGAGAUUCAUUUUGACCGCCGCUCACUGCACCGUGAGCUUUGAGAAACAAGGAACCAGACCAUUGCGAUAUCCUGCUAAUAUUCUUGCUAUCGUUCGCCAGCCCACCCGAUGUGCUAAUCGCUUCUUGUCUUCAAAGUACAAGUAUGAAAUCGCUCGGGUGUAUAAUCAUCCCAAAUAUGAGGCUAAAGCGAAUGGACAACUUCUGUUUGAUUUUGCCUUGCUCCAAACUGCACGAUCCAUGGCUCCGUUUGACAUGGAUCUGAAACCAAUUUGCUUGCCGCCCAUUGAUUGGUGGGAAAAGUCAUUCAUUAAUGAGAACGUUUUCAUUGCUGGAUAUGGUCGAACCACGAAGCAAGAGAUCAGCGGCCAAGACACAACCUCUUGCGUGUUAAAGUUGGGGAAAACUUCAAUCAUCUCGUCAAGAGAUUCAAAAUGCUCAGCGGUGUCUUCAAAUCCAAGAGAACAGAUUUGUGGUUGGGAUCCUGAAGUGGAUGCCUGCUCCGGUGAUAGUGGAGGCCCUAUGUCCAUUAAGAGCCAAUUUGAAAACAGAAUCCAAAUUGGUGUUGUCAGUUACGGAAGUUUUGAUUGUGCGCAUUCCAGGGCAGCCGGCGUCUAUUCCCGAAUAACUCGGGUAAUGCGGUGGAUCGUGGCUAAAAUACAAUCUGGAGAAUGUAUCCAAUAGCAUUUGGAAGUCCAUUGCUAUUGUCUGAUUGAAUGAAAGACCAGGGUGUGCCUUCGACAGGAACUCCUUGGGGCAAAUUCUUAAUGCAACAGAAAAUUGGCCAGCGAACUGGGAUCUGGGAUGUGCAGAGACUUAUUUGUCCCUAAAUCUAAGCUUCUACUUUGAACCAUAACUGUCUAUCAGCAGUUGUAAUACAAAUCAAUAAUUGCGCGA